UGACUGAGCAGACAGACAGAGUGACAGAGACACUUCUCCUGCUGAUCUCCACCAGGAUCUGUCUCAGAAUGAACGUCCGCCAGGUUCUGCUGCUCUGCUUCCUAACAGCACUGUGUGGUGGAAAGCCUGGGCUCGUCAGGGCACAAGUCAACAUUUACACAGGAGCUGCAGGAGGAAACGGUUCCAUUAACUGCCACCUGACUCCACCUGGAAGCUGGAAGUUCUUCUGUAAGGGUGAAUGUAAAGGAGAAGACGUUCUCAUUAAAACAGACGGUGUUCGAGCAGACAAAGGCAGAUACAGCGUUAAAUACAAAAUGGGAGAUUCUGGAAAAGGAAUCCUGACUGUUACAAUCACACACCUGGGCCCGUCUGACUCAGGACGGUACAGGUGUGGUUUGGGUGGAUCUGGGGCUCCAGCUUCAUUCGCUGACUUUGACGUCAGAGUUUCAGAUGCACUGCUGGAUAUGAGCUCUGGCUUUAAGAGAACAGAUAUUGAAGGACAAAACGUGACGUAUCCAUGCUUCAACGCUGUCAACAGAAGCACAAUGUUCUUCUGUAAAGGCGAAUGUAAAAAAGAAGAGGACAUUCUUGUUGAAACAGAUCGGAACGAAGCUCAGAGCAGCAGAUACGGCAUCAAAUAUACACAAGGAUCUGUGUUCGGACUGUACGUCACAAUCUCACAGGUGGUCAAGUCGGACACAGCACAGUACAAGUGCGGUUAUGGCAGAGCUUUGUCUCCAGACUUAGAACACACAUUUUCCAUCAUUGUUUUAGAAGCUCCGACUCCUUCAAAGCCAAGCCAGACUCUCCAUCCUUUCACAACAUCAGUCCCAUCGGCCUCCACACCACCACCACCACCACCAUCACCACCAUCACCACCAUCACCAACAACAGCAACAACAACAGCAACAACACAGUGUUUCAGCUUCAGUCCAGAAAGCUCUGCUUCUUCAUCGGUUGCCCCUGACACCACCGAGCAGCCUGCAGCUGCAGCUUCAACCACUUCAAAGCCAAGCCGGACUCUCCGACCGUCUCCAGCAUCGACCCCAUCGGCCUCCACAGCAACGUCACAGAGCUCCAGCACCAGUUCAGGAAGCUCUACAGCUGCAGGGCUGUUUUCUGACAGCACCCCCGAGUUCGAAGCUGUCUCACAUGUCCCUCACCCAGGUUACUUCUUGCCUCUGGUUGUGUGUGUGCCUGUACUUUGCGUGUUACUGGCGGCUGCUUUUCUGCUGUUCCUCAAACAUCGAAGACCAGGAAAAAUAAACAGCCACAACGCUGAGUUCCCGAUCACCUAUAAGAAGCUGGGUCCAUUUUCCAGAUGUGAAGACUCCACCUACAAGACCAGCAGGGAGCAAACCACCUCUGCACACAGCUGAGGUCAGCGUGUCAGUAUGAGGCCUUUAAACGCUCACCGAUCACACAGGAGGUUUCUCUGCAGCGCUCUCAGCAGAGUGAUAUUUCAGGAAGUAAAAGGUCCACGCCUUUAUUUCCAUUGUGUCACGUGACUGAUCGUUGCAGCACUUAUGUAACUUGACUGGGAAUCAAACUGUCGCAGUUUAUUUAUCAGUACAAAUUAUAAACACCUGCAUUCAAAAAUAUCUGUCUAAUAAAAUCAGAAUGUACAAACCAGUAUAUGUAAAAACAUUAUGAAGGAAAUUUAGCACAACCACCAGCCCACCACCCGCACUGCUGAGAAAUCUGAUUCAAGUCAACUCACCUCCUGAUUCUGGUUCAGUCCUGCAACUGUGAGACGUGUCACUCAAAAAAAAAACAAAAAAACAUGACUUUACAUUCAAUUUUCUUAACCAACAAUUCACCACCACAUUUUAUAAAAA